AUGGUACGUGACUCUAAGUCUUAUGAGAACGAGUCGCUCAUCCUCCUGCCUGCGUGCUUGUUGCAGUCCGCCCGAACUGUAGACAUUCCACAGUCCGUCCUCGAGGACCUCAAGAACUUCCGCUUCAAGAACGCCAAGGGCACCACUGCAAUCUCUAUCAAGAUUGUCAAGAGCAGCUUGACGAUGGCGGUUGAUGAGGAGUUCGAGGACCAGAGUAUCGAGGAGAUUGCCGAGGAGCUCCCCGAGAGCGGUCCCCGAUAUGUGCUUAUCUCUCACGAACUGAAACACCCGGACGGUAGAACAUCAUACCCCAUCAUCUUGAUCAACUGGGCCCCGCCAUCCUCCCCUAUUGGGCUCAUGACGCUGCACGCCUCCGCCCUGAGCUAUUUUCACCAAGUGUCUGAGGUAUCCAAGGUUCUGGAAGUCAGGGAUGGUGCCGAGGGCUUGACUACUCAGGCUGUGAAUGAGAAGUUGCUUGGGAACUAG